GAAUAAACGCGUCAUGAAUAAGUUCGAUGCUCGACGCUGUUUAUUUGCCUGAAGCUGCUUCCGCGUUAUCAUUAGUAGAGAAACGGGAGUAUUAACGGCUUUAUAUAGAUACUUUUCCCGACUCUUCAGGUCGUACUGUAAAUGUCAGAAAGUUGUACAGUAUAUACAAGCGUUCACAUGGAAACAAGAUCAUGAGGACAUGUAGGUCUUUCUCUUGAAGUUCUUUUAAAGAAGUUUACUGCUUUUCCGGGAUGGCUGAAAGAAGAAGUAUAGAAGAGAAUAAUAGAGAAGACAUAUCACAUUCACCUGGACUUCCUGCUGAGAUUAAGGACUGGGAUAAAGAACAUGUCAGAGACUGGAUUCUUGGAUUAACAGAUGUGGAUAAUGCAUAUGCAAAGAUUUUGUAUGACGAGGAUAUUAAUGGACUAAGUAUUCUUUUACUGGACACAUCUGAUUUUCAGCAUAUAGGCAUUAAGCUGGGACCAGCAAAACGGAUUAUUUACCACAGAGAUGAACGAAAGGGUCACAAGUUAACCAGCUUAGGAAGCCAGACUGGAAAUUCAUGCAAGCCUUAUCCUUUUAAUCGAUUUCACGCUGCCUGCAGAUACAAGCAAAACAGUAUUCUUGAUGUAACAGAAACAGGUGUUCUAAACUUCAUAGAACCAUGUCAUGAAUACAAAGCAUUUAUCAAUUUUCAAAACGCUACAGCAGAGGAAAAGCUGAAAAAAUUCACAGAUGAAAUUAUUAGAUUUGCAUGUGCUUGCAUGAACAGUCGUACUAAUGGUACAAUACAUUUUGGAGUUGGAGAUUUACCUGAUUUCAGUCACGGACAAAUUUUGGGUACUAUAGUCAAAGACAAGGAAUCAUUUAUUAAUAAACUGGCAGAUGUGAUUAAACAGCAGUUUGAACAUAAACACACUGAUGUGGCAAAAAAAUGUAUUAAACCACCAAGGUUUGUUGAGGUUCUUGAAGCUGAUAUGACAUUCUCAUCAAAAUAUGUCAUAGAAGUGGAUGUUGAACCAUCCUUCUUGGUUUGUAAAGACAGCUUUUUUCACAUCUACAAUGAUUCAAGGAAGGCAAAAAAAUCUAAAAUCUUAAAUGAGAAGGACAGUGGUAAAUUGUUUUACAUUCGAGACAACAGCAGUAGCAGAAACCUUCUUGCCCACACUUCUACCCAAAAGUCCUUAGAAGAGUACAACAAACAUGUUGUUAAUAUGGCACACCUGUCUAAGCUGAGACAGGAAGCUGAGGAAAAGCAUCUUACAAUUGUUAAAAGUAGUGUGCAGGGUGCUAAGCUUUGUGAGAUGCUAACAGGAGGCUCCCAGUCUUUGGACAAAUCUCAUUUUGAGCGAUAUGUAUUAGUCACAAACAAAUCCCAUCCAGUUCAAAGAGAAUCUCUAGCAUUUCUUCUGGACAUGAAUCUAACAGCUGUUUUGGACUUUGAUCCAGAGUCUGCUAAGACUGGCUUAAAUAAGCUAUUUGAUGAGAGAAACACAAAUGUUAAUUUGCCGAUGCAGUAUAAAAUCACAGAGCCGGUUGAGGACAUUGCAAAUAAGCUGAAGCUGACCAGAGUCACAAGCUGGGUUUUCUGUAAUGGAGGAGUAAAAAAUGAACAACCUUCUGAGGUGGACAACUGGCUAACAGAGAAAGGUUCCUCCGUUCGUGAUGUUGUGUCAUUCCUCUGCCGAAAAGACGUUCUGCCACCCAAAAAAUUUCUUAUAAUGUUCAUUCUGUUGAGUGAUGUUACUGAUAAGCAUGAUCCUCUCCUUGAGACCUUUAGUAUGUUUUUGCAGGAGCUGAAAGGCACAGAACAAAUCCUGUGCAUAUGUGAAAAUGAAAGAGUUUACACAUACUGGAAAGAUUUAAUUGAAGCUCGAUAUGGAAUAAGCAUAUCCAGAAGGUGCAUUUAUGAGCUCAGUUUUGCAGAGAUUAAUGGUACAGUCCUCAGUUUAUGGUCAGAACAUCGUAAAAAAAACAGAUUUUUGCCUGGUGCUGGUGGUAAGGUAUUACUAUCAAAGAAAGUGGAGGGCACCUUGGAUGCACUGAAUGUUCUCUGUGUUAACCAGUGUGAGGGAGGCAAUGAAGACAAACUGCAACUGGAGGAAAUGUUUUACAAGGGAGGAAAGGUGUCCUGGUGGAACUUCUACUUUUCAGAGCAGCCAGAAUCAACGUCAUUUAUCAAACGAGACAAGUUUGACUACAUAAUUAAUACUAUUAUUCCAGAUAUGUGCUCUCGCAGGCAAGCUUGUGUCCGGUUGAACAUAUUGCAUAUUCCUGGUUGUGGAGGAACAACUCUGGCCAUGCAUGUUUUGUGGACAGUAAAGGAGAAAUUCCGUUGUGCAAUACUGAAAAAUGAAAAUGUUGAUUAUGAAGAUGUAGCACAACAGGUAGUUCACUUGUUGACCUAUGAGACAGUCGAUCAAAAAACACGGCUUCCGGUAAUGCUCCUAACAGACGACUUUGAAGACUUUGAUGCUGUAAAUGAACUUCAACAGCACAUUGAGAAGGAAUGUCAGAAGAAAAAUUUAUCUUCCAGGUCUCCCCAGGUCAUCCUGCUGAAUUGUAUGAGAGCUGACUCAAGGGACCAGACAGAAGCAACAGAUGAUACAGUUUUCAUCAGAAACAAACUAUCUGACUUGGAACAAAAAUUAUUUGAGACAAAGCUAAAAGAAAUUGAAAAGGUUUACAAAAAUGCUGAAACGUUCUAUGGUUUCAUGAUCCUGAAGAAAGGCUUUUCUUCAGAGUACAUACAGGGUGUUGUGAAAAAUACACUCAAGGGCUUCAACUUUAAAAAGAAAGAUGCUCAACUUUUUGCAGUUCUAGUCCUCUUGAGUUGCUACUGCAAGGGUGCAAAGGUGUCAGUCUCUAUAUGUGAAGAAUUUCUUGGUCUGGAAACAAGGCCUGUCUCAACUUCAUGCAAGGCUGAAGAUGGGUUUGGGAAGUUUUCUACACUUGUAACACGAUGCAUAGCAGAGUCUAGUGUGGAGUUUCAGGCUUUGAGAGUGAUCCACACAAGUAUGGCAGAACACUGUUUAACAGAACUUAAAAGUACUUUUAAUAUAACCAAAGCACAGAUCACUGACUUUCUACUAAUAACAGAUGCAUUUUACAGUUGUAUUCAGGGAAAGGAAAAGCUCGUGCAGGACAUUCGCAAUAUGUUGGUGAGAAGACAAUACUCAGCUGAGAGUGGCCGAGCAGAUUUUCAGUUUUCCCCGCUUAUCCAAGCCAUUGAGAAGGAGACUCCAGGGUGUGAAGAAAAUGUUUUGCUAAAUGCUGCCAAACGCUGUGAAAAAGAUGCAGUAAUAUGCCAGCUCCUUGCCAGGUACAACUAUCUGAAGAAAAAAGAUUUUAGAGAGGCAAGCGUUUGGGCAAAGAGGGCGAGAGAUCUCCAGAGGGAUAACUCCUACAUUUGUGAUACCACUGCACAAGUGUUUAAGCAUGAGCUGAAAGAUGCUAUCAGCAAUCACAAAGAUGAUAAAAUAAAACCUGACAUGUUGAAAGAAUAUCUCAAAAUGGCAGAGUCUGCAACAUCGGCUUUUAAAGAAACACAAGAAAUUGCUAAAAGGGAAGUUUCACUUCGAUAUCAAGCAAAAAAAGACUUUAGCCCCUACAACACUGCUGGUCGCCUUGGUGAGCUUCAAGUUGCUGUUAUGGUGAUAAAGAUACUGGAAAGGAUCCCAGUGUUUUCUUUAGGCAUGUUUCGUCAUGACAUUCUAAGUCAGGUUCUCUCAGGUAAAAUUAAAAUACAAGACAUGGCAGGAAAAGACCCCAAAAAGCAGAAGAAUGCAUCCUAUUAUCAUUUUCUGAUGGAAUUUUCUGAUCUUCUGUAUAACCUUAGAGACAACAUGAAGAAGCACUUUGAUUUUCUUGACAAUUACUUUGUCAACUUGAGUUCAUUUUACUCCAAAAAGGACAAUACCAGAGAGUUAUGCACACGAGAGCAGAUCUUUACAUGCUUCAAACAGUAUGUUGACAUUUUUUGUCGUUCAGACACAAAAGAAUUGCAAAGGAACCAGACAUUGAGCAACAUGCUCAAAAUGGAGAAAACACGACAAUGCUUGGAAAAAAACAAAGCUGAUUCCUACAGUGGACUGCUUGCAUUUCUUUCAGAAGAAAAUUCUAAUGAAUUACCAAAAAUUGCAGCAGUGAUUGAGCAAGUCCUCUGUAAUUAUGAGCUUCUUUUGAAAAACUCUCAACUACAAAAUGAAAGGCACUUCAAGGAUAAAGUCAACUUCAUCUAUGCAAAUAUUGUUCUCAGUAAAAUUCGCCCCAACUCUCGGUUUUUGUGGUCUUACAUGAAGCUUCUUAAUUUUGUCAGUGAUACACUUAGCCGUUGCACCCCUCUCAGUGACAGUGUAGCAUUGCAUUUUGUUGCAGUGAUGAUGCUGUGGCCAGAGACCAUCUCCCUCUUUUCAGGAGAACAGUUAAGUGACAGGUUGGGAAGUUAUGUGUCACAGUUGAGAAGUUCUUUUUCAAGUGAAAUGAAGCCAGUAUGCAAUGGCAGAAGAGCCGUUGUUCAUUUUUAUCUGGGGAAGAAAACAGGUUAUGAUCGUCUAAUCACUCAGAGGGACAUUGACACAUGUGUGAGCUCAAUGCAAACAGUAUCAGGACAGUUGCAAAAUGGAAAGAUUUGGGAGAAUGAGAAAGUCCAAAAUAUGCUCCGCAGAGUCAAAGGAAAGAUUUGUAAAAAUGGCAUUAUGGCAGACACAUUAAAUCCAAAUGUAAAGGUUGCAGUCUCUCCUUUGUUUAAAAGUCAGUUGUGUGGAUAUGAGGGUGACGGAGUAUCAUUUUUUGUUGGAUUUUCCAUUAAUGGUCCAGUUGCACUUGGCAUUCAGCCCUUAUAGACUUUUUUAAUUUGGUUUAGUAAAUGGCUUCACACCCAGUCUUUGUAAUUCAUGUUCAUAACCUAAAUCCUAAAAGGUCACACCAUUGAACAAACUUUUACCUGAUGUUCAAGUUGUCAUAUUUUGGAUAGUGUUUUCAUGUCAUAUUUUGGAUAUUGUUGUCUAGUUGUCAUAUUUUGGAGUUGUCAUAUUUUAGAGUUGUCAUAUUUUGGACAUUAAUGUAUCAUAUUCAUCAUAAGCUUAAGCUAAAGGGGUUUAUUAAUUCUUGUCAAAUUAUCCCUAUCUUAUUUUAUUACUUUAUAUUUUGUAUUCUCUGUAUCAUACAUAAUUGCUAAAUUAAUUUUACUUAGGGUUUGUAGCUUGCUAAUUGCAGGGCAAUUUAGUCCUGCUGUAAAAUUCUUCCUUUUUAUAAAGCGUAUUGUAUUUAAUGGUUAACUUUUACAUGUUUUUUUUUUUAUUCCAUUAUUUUGUAACUUAUUUUGUUUUUAUUAAUUGUUGUAUAAUGUUUAUAAUGUUUUAUUGUUUAUAAUGUUCCAUAUAAUGUUCUCUUUGGAACAAGAAAAAAAUCAAACAUUAAUGUAACAGUUGUCAAAACCUCACUGUUUCUUUCUCGAGGUUAUAGAAAACCAAACUGUUAUGCAUUAUGGAAAAAAACUUUCCUAUAAGAUUCUAUGUUAAUUACAUAUUUCCUCCUUCAA